UACAGCCUUGCUCAGAUGCCUCCUCAACCUCCUCUACCUCCUCUUCCGCCGCCGCCAUCUUUUAUAUCUCCAUCGACAAGGUCGCCGCUGUCCAGAGCCGCCGCUCUACCAACAACUAUACUGUCCCCUGCCUCUGCUGCAGUCUCUCAAGCACCUGCUGCUUCAUCUUCAAGAGAGGCAGAGAUGGCUUCUUUGAAGCAAAUAGUUGUGCAAAAUCGAGCUAUGAAACCGAAUAGUCCACUGCUGAAUUCAAAUCAUAUAGAUUCUAGUAAGUAUAGUAAGCCACAGUUAUUACAGCAAGCUCGGCCACGCCAAACGAAUCCGAUUAUAUGGUGUUUUGCAUUCCUGUGUCUACUUUUUAGUCUUCUUCUCAUCUUCCUUGGAAUUGCCACUUUGAUCAUUUUCCUGGUUGUUAGACCAAGAAAUCCUGUGUUUGACAUACCAAAUGCAAGCCUCAGCACUAUCUACUUUGAUGCACCUGAAUAUCUCAAUGGAGACUUCACUCUUCUCGCAAACUUCACCAACCCGAACCAGAGAGUCGAUGUGAGAUAUGAGAAUGCAGACAUAGAGCUCUUCUUUGGGGAUCGACUCAUAGCAACUCAAGCAAUCCAGCCCUUCAGUCAAAGAAAAAAAGAAGUGAGGUUACAACCUGUUCAUUUGAUAUCCAGUCUAGUUUUCUUGCCACAGAAUUUCGGGUUGGUACUUCGACGACAGGUACAGAACAACAAGAUUGUCUAUAACAUCAGAGGAACUUUCAAGGUCAAAGCUUCUCUGGGUUUCGUCCAUUACUCUUACUGGCUGCAUAGCCGAUGCGAGUUGGUGAUGACUAGUCCGCCAACUGGCGCUCUAGUUGCUCGGAGUUGCAGAACCAAGAGGUGAAGAAGCAGAAAUAUUAUGUUGCACACCUUCUAUGAUAUCUCUAUAUGCAUUGUCCAAAUCACAGUUAUGGAUAUAAGUCUGAAAAGAUCUGAAAUAUCAGUUGAACACCAUUCAUCUUGUUUGACAUGGUUUACACCAUUUUUAGGGUUGUGUGUGAGCUUUUUAGGUGAUUCUUCUUUAACAACUAGCGCAUAAGAGCCUUGGAUCAACCAACAUAUAGACUACAGAAGCACAACUGAUGAAGAAAAAUCUUCAGUUUAACAAUUCUGCCAGAUCUUGCUGUAUUUUGGCAAUAUCAAUUUGACAUUUUAGUUCUUGACGAGUAAUAACAACCUCAUUUUUUUUCGCUGCUA